CCUAGUCCGGGUAGGGGCGGGUUGGGUAAUCCGUUUUGUUUCCAGGUAAGACCCGGUCCGGUUGAACAGUCUUGGCUGUUGGUGAGGAGGAGCAGCCAGUGGCGCUGAAGAUCGAAGAAUAAACACUCGUACUCUUCGAUCUUCCUUUCCAAUCCGCAACCAUGGGUAAUGAGACAAUCAGCAGGCACUUUCUCUUUUCUCCCCCUUUCUUUCAUUCUCGAGCUAAUGGAAGCUUCUGCUCGAUAAAAGUUAAGUAUCUCGCGUGACUCUAUGCACAAGAGGCAUGCCAGGAGGCAAGAAGAAGGCAUGGAGGAAGAAGAGAAAGUAUGAGCUUGGCCACCAGCCUGCUAAUACUAUGCUUUCAAGCAACAAGACCGUGAGGCAAAUUCGGGUGAGAGGAGGCAAUGUGAAAUGGAGAGCCACAGAUUGGAUACCGGGAACUACUCAUGGGGUAGUGAAGCUGUCACCCGCAAAAUACGUAUGUUGUCUACAAUGCUUCAUACUACUCAUGGGGUGGCCACCACUGGAUGUUGUCUACAAUGCUUCAAACAAUGAACUUGUGAGGACACAAAAUCUAGUGAAAAGUGCAUUUGUUCAUGUGGAUGCUGCUCGAUUCAAGCAGUGGUGGCUGCUAAGAAGGAAACCCCACAUGUACCAUUGGAUGUGAUGGAGGCCCAACGGGAGCAAACAGUUUGCAGUGAGAUCUUAUUACAAGCUGUUGGCAUCACAUGGUAAUGUUCCUUUUCCGUGGAAGAGUAUUUGGAGGUCUCGUAUGCCUUCCAAAGUUGCACGACAACGUAUGGACUGCCACUCUUGGGAAUAUUUUGACCACGGACAAUUUGAGGUAGUGGGGUCUCACUGUUAUGGAUUGGUGUUAUUUAUGUAAGAAGAAUAGGAAAUCAGAGGAUCACUUGUUACUUCAUUGUGAGGUGACAAGAGAAUUGUGAGAUGAGAUCUUUAGAAGAAUUGGUGUGGCUUGGGUUAUGCCUUUGAAGGUGGUGGAUUUACUAGCUUGCUUGAAGGAUAUUCAAGGCUGUCCCCAAAUGGCUGCUAUUUGGAGGAUGGUUUCUUUGUAAAUUAUGUGAUGUAUUUGGAUGGAAAGUAAUGAUUGAUGCUUUGAAGAUAGGAAGUGCACAAUGGAGGAACUUUGGAACUAUUUUUUGCACGCCUUAUUACUCUGCUUUUCACCCAUCGUGCUUAACGGAACAAGUGUUCACGAUUUUCUAUUUUUAAUUUCUGGUUCCUAGAAUGUAUUU